AUGGCCUGUGAAGACGGGAGCACUCGAGAGGGUUCAACCCUAGACAGCCCGCACGCCUGGAGCCACCACAAGCGGCAGUCGGCGGAGUUACCGGAGUGCGGCUUGGCGAACUUAGUUGUCGACGCCUUAUUUCCGGACGAUGACCCAGAUGCGCCUUCGGCAGAAGAGAACGAGAAAGCAGAGGCAGGCGCGAACGAGCACCUGUCUGUCUCGGCGCGAGGACGCAGCGGACCAGUGGGGACCAGGUGGGAGUGUCGCGUCGUGACGCCUAUCAUUGCAGCGUCAGUCGACUGUUUUUCCGCCGAAGGCUGCGGCGUGGUCAUUUGUGAACAGCCGUACUCCCUCUUCACGUACUUCAACUGUUGCGAGGUGGAGUAUCCCCCGCGCGGGUUCGGGGGGUACGGCUACGAGAGGAUUUCGCUCCGCCAGUAUGGCAGUCAGAUGAUUGAAGACGAAGAAUCAGAGAGGAGUCAAAAACGAAAGAGCAGACCUGACACACCCAACGGCGACUGUGACGAAGAUGAAGAAUUGACAAAAAAGACCGAGAAAGAGCCGGAAAUAAUCGAACUUGUACGGCCGAAACCUGGCCAAGACAACCGCGACAAAAAUGCAACGCCGAUCAAGAUUUUCGUCGGCACCUGGAACACGGAGUACCAGGAGUUCGAGCGGCACGGCCCCAAGCCGGAAGAGCGUUUCUGCAAGACUGCCAAGUCUCUCCUCGACGGCAAACUGAAGAAGGAUGGCGCCCGCAGAAUUUCCAAGGAUGAAAGCUACUUUUCUGGACACUCGACGGUUCACGACGUCGACACUUCCUCCGAAGGCCACGACGUCGUGACGCUUCACAUUAACGGGGAAGAAAGCGACAACGACGAUGUGAUGACGGCAGUGGGCGAGGAGGAAGAUGAGGAGGAAGACGGAGGCGAAAAGAAAAAGAACACUUCACACCUUCUCAAAUUCAACAUGGAAGGCCACCCCCUAAGGGACUGGAUCAAGGCUGGCUACGACGUCUACGUUGUCACACUGCAAGAAGUAACAAAUGACAGCAUUUUCCAGGCCAUCUCGGAGUACCUCGAGAACGAGAACGGCGAGGCCUUCUUGCGCGUCGACAUGGGUGAAGGGAAGAUCUCUGGCCUCGGCAAGGGCGCAUGGACGAAAAUGAAGUCCACCUCCCUCGCGUGCUGGAUUCGGGAGUCCAAGCUCUGGCCAGUGGGCCCCAUCAUGCCCGUGGACUCGAAAGCCUUUUCCUUCACUGUCCUGAACGGCAGCAAGGGCGCGGUGACGGUCACUCUGAAGGUUCACAAACAGCUGGUGUGUUUCGUCGGGUGCCAUCUGCCUGCGUCGACCAAGGAGCGCGGGAAGGCGCGAGCGUUCAUUCGAGCAAAAAUAGCGGCGAUGUACAGUUCCGAGAAGAACGUCGACUUCACCCGUGUUUUCCACCACAUCUUGUGGGCUGGCGACUUCAAUUUCCGCUCCCAGAUCUCGUCGAAGCGCGCCUUAGAGCUGCUGCGGUCAGGCGAGACGAGCGAACUCGCAACGUACGACGAAGGGGCGCUCGAAUCCGGAAAAGACAUGGAAAUGCACGGUUGGAUGGAGGCUCCCGUCACCUUCCUGCCGACUUACAAGAAAGCUGAUAACCGACCGCCUUUGGACAUGUCCCAGCCGGACUGGGUAGACAAGGAAUACCAAGUCACGAUGAAGAAGAAAGGGAUGCUCGGAACGAAGACUGUUGAUCGCCCCCCGUCUUGGUGCGAUCGCAUCUUCCGCUGGUCACUGCAAGAGCUGCAGUACAACCUCAUCGCGCCCAAAGAAGAGUAUUUCGCUGCGCAGCCCGAAUCGCCGAAUAUUCUCAUGGCCAGUGACCACGCCCCCGUCGGCGGCGGCUUCGAGCUGUACCCCCUGGACAAGAAAUAUCAGAUUCCCCUGACGUUCAUGGCAGAUCCUUCGGAGGGGUUGGAAGCUGGAGACGUCUGA